GACAGCCAGCAAGCCGCCCGGGAGCUGUCACUCGAUUCAUGACUUCCGCUGAACGACACUUCCUAGUUCUUUUUGUUGGUGUUUGCGAAAGUGAUGGUACGCACGAAGAAGCCAAUUUUAAUUGACGGACGUGGACACUUGCUUGGUCGACUGGCCUCGGUCGUCGCCAAGCAGAUCCUGUCUGGUAACUCGGUGGUCGUGGUGCGCUGCGAGGGCCUUCAGCUGUCGGGCCAUUUCUUCCGCAACAAGAUCAAGUUUUUGGCCUACCUGCGGAAAAGAUGUAACGUCAACCCGGCACGCGGUCCAUUCCAUUUCCGCGCUCCGAGCCGUAUGUUGUGGAAGGCCAUCCGUGGAAUGGUCCCCCACAAGACCAAGCGCGGUGCGAAUGCGCUCCGUCGCUUGAAGGUGUAUGAGGGCAUUCCUCCGCCAUAUGACAAGAUGAAGCGAGUGUGCGUUCCGAUCGCCCUGCGUCAGCUGUGCCUGCGCCCAGACCGAAAGUACUGUACGGUCGAUCGCGUUGCUCAUGAAGUCGGCUGGAAGUACCGAGACGUCGUGAACAACCUGGAAGCCAAGCGCAAGAUCAAGGCUCGCAUUGCUUACAUGCACAAGAAGAAGCUGAAGAAAAUCACAUGGAGUGCUCGUGCCGUUGUGGCCAAGAGGAUUGAGUCGCAGAAUGCUGUAUUGAAGCAGUAUGGUUAUCUCACAUCGGAAUUCGAGAAGAAGUACAGCAAACCAGUGGUGAACGCCGUUCCGCCGAAGCUUGGCAAGCGCAAGCGCAAGGAACUAUACGUUGCCGCCAAGGCCGCCCGUAAGGAAGCGAAAUACGCAGCCAGGGCUGCAGCCAAGGCGAAAAAGGCAACCACGGCCACCAAGGCUCCGGCAAAGGCGAAGGCAAAGGCUUAAUCUUAUUAAAUCGGAAGAAGUUUGCCUUGACGGGGGACAAAUUUGGUGUGGUGAUGGUGUUUGAUGAAGAGCUUCAAUUUCAACAUCAAUGGUUCUUAAAGAUGCUAUCACCAAGGCUGCGUUGCACAAGAUUGCCACCAUCAGAAUCGUUGUAAACCAAUGCAGUUUAAUGUGAAGGAAGAAAAUAUACAAACAUACGCGAUAUGUGUACGCGAAGAAACUAACAA